CAGCGUCGGCCGCCGGCUUUCAAACGUGCCCGCGUUCCAAACGGUUGAUGCCGGUUUACUGCCAGCGGCAGUUGCCGCCCUGCGACUGAGGACUUCAGGCAGCCUGGGGACCACAUCAUUAACGACGGCAAGGCACAGAAGUUGGAGAUGACUUAACCUGACUUCUUGUAUCAUGGAUGGGCAGUGAGAUUCAUGGUCUGAAAUUCCUGCUGCAAGAUGCUACAUGUUUCUCAGGGUGGAAUUUGAUGUUUUUUUUAAAUAACCAAGAACUCUGACACAAGGCUACGGUGAAAUAGCUUCACAAGUUCAAUUACAUCAUGGGUCGACUUACAGUGGAUUUAAUUGCAAAAAGUAGUCUCCACAUAAAGAACAGAAGAGAUGAGCCUUUGGAACAGUAUUUAAAAAAAUUGACUCACCUAAAUUUUUCAAAUAAGAAUAUCGAUGAAAUUGAUGACCUCUCUGCAUGCAAGAACCUGUCUGUCUUAUAUUUAUAUGACAACAGCAUCACACAGAUUCAUAAUUUAGGCUUUGCCCUUAAUCUCACCCAUCUUUAUCUGCAGAACAAUAGCAUAACGCAUAUUGCAAAUCUCUCCUCGUUACAAAACCUAUCCAAAUUGUAUCUUGGUGGCAAUUGUAUUUCUGUAGUGGAAGAACUAGAAGGAUUAACAAAACUUCGGGAGUUACACUUGGAAAAUCAACGUCUUCCUCUUGGGGAGAAGCUAUUGUUUGAUCCCAGGACUCUCCAAUCUCUAAAGAAAUCACUGUGUGUUUUAAACAUCAAGAAGAAUAAUAUUGAUGAGAUUAAAGAAUUGGCUUGUCUUGAGAACCUGAAUCAGUUCAUGGCAGAAGAGAAUCAGAUUCAUGAUAUAAAGGAACUGGAAUAUGUAUUAAGCCAAUGGCAAAAACUCUGGUAUCUGAAUCUGAGUGGAAAUCCUGUGUGCCAGAAAGCGAAAUACAGAGACAAAGUAAUGGUGAUGUCUACAAGCCUGGAGGUCCUUGAUGGAAAAGAAGUAAAUAAUACAGCCAGACAAUUUUUAUUGAACUGGAAAGCUUUCCGAGAAACCAAGAAAAAAAUUGCCAAGGAGAAGACAGACGAGCAGGAAAUCCAAUGGAAAUUAGAUCAUCCACAAAUAAUUCGGCACCGUGCACCUAGAGCCUCCCCAAGUAUUCUUAAAUUCAGGAAACCUGUUGAUGUUCUUCUUAUGAAAACUCCUAACCUUGCAAACUCUGGAGGUGAUGGAAAAAGUGUUUUACCGCCGGGACUUCAGUCUAGGUGCGUGGGUGAUGACAUGGAAGGAAUCAGAUCAGAACCAGUGGAAUUUUUGUUGCUGCCUUCUCCUAACAUCAUGUCCAAGAAACCAGAUUUAAGAAAAGCCGCCGACUCUCAGCCAGUUCGGAAUAUCUCUCAAACUUCGUCGCAGCAUCACUAA